AUGGCUGCCAAGCUAUCUUCAUGCUAUGCAUGGGCAACCAGGCCCUUCAUAGUAGGCGCGCCGAUGCGGAUCAUGUCCGGUCCAGCCCUCGCCGUCGCUAUCUCACGAGCUGGCGGACUUGGAUUCAUUGGGCCGGGAGCCAAAACGCAGGACACCGCGGUCGAUCUUGAGCAAGCAUCGAAGCUAAUGGAGCAAGCACGCGCCUCCUCAUCCGUCUUUGACAAGUUGUCGCCAGCUAACUCUCUGUUACCUGUCGGUGUCGGCUAUCAAAUGUGGGCAGGCGACAUCAACGUUGCAGUCGCUGCCAUCGAGAAGUUCAAGCCGUGUGCUGUCUGGCUGUACGCUCCCAAGGAGAGUCUCGAGGAAUUCGAUGACUGGUCUCGCAGCAUCAGACAAGUCUCUCCUGGCACCCAAAUUUGGAUUCAGAUCGGCACCUUGAGAGAAGCAAAACAACUCCUCAUAAGCUCUGAGAAACCUGAUGCUGUCGUUGUCCAGGGCGCGGAAUCCGGUGGCCAUGGACGGGCCAAGGAUGGACUGGGCAUUAUAACCUUGUUCCCCGAGGUUGCAGAUGCGAUGGAAAGCACUGACAUCCCUCUGCUCGCAGCCGGGGGUAUUGCUGACGGGCGCGGUGUGGCAGCGGCUCUGUGCCUGGGCGCAUCGGGUGUUGUGAUGGGGACUCGAUUCCUGGCUGCGAACGAAGCACGAAUUAGCAAGGGAUAUCAAAAUGAGAUUCUCCGCGCAUCUGACGGGGCUGCCUCUACCACACGAACUCUGCUGUACAACCAUCUUCGGGGCACAUUUGGCUGGCCAGCUGAAUACAGUCCUAGGACGAUCAUCAACAGGUCAUUCAUCGAAUACCAGGCCGGUCGUGCCUUUGACGAGCUUAAAGCACUUCAUGACGAGGCUGUGAUUAAAGGCGACAGCGCCUGGGGACCAGAGGGCCGAGUUGCAACAUAUGCUGGGGCGUCUAUUGGGCUGAUUCACGAAAUGGCAGAUGCCGCAGAUAUCGUUCGUGAAGUGCAAAAAGAUGCUGUGAGGCGACUUCAAUCAGCAGUGGCUAGCUAA